UGGUGUGAAACACAAUUCUUCCACUUGCAUAAGAUUCCAAAAACCAUAUAAUACAGCAGUGGUUAUUGAAACUGGGUUGGAUGGGGACACCAUCACUUGCUUUGAGUGUUAAUCUGGUUGGAUGGUGAUUCAUAAUUUCAUACCAUCUUGUGAUAUGCAGCAAAGUGCAACAAAUCUACAAAACUGAGAAUUUCUUAUGCAACUUUUACUUGACCUAUUUCAAGGCAGACAAUCUUUCUAAGCUUUCCGCUUCAUAUACAGGUUAGCAGAGUAGAGGUGCAAGAGGGAGACACAAUUGUAAUGGGUUCAGAUGGGCUGUUUGACAAUGUUUUUGACCAUGAGAUUGUUUCAGUGGUGGCUGCACAACAGGAUGCAUCCAAUGCUGCAAAGGCAUUGGCUGAUCUGGCUCAAAGUCAUUCGCUGGAUCCCAACUUCGACUCCCCAUAUUCACAGGAGGCGAGGGCAAGAGGGUUCGAUGUCCCUUGGUGGAAGAAAAUCCUACAAAUGAAGUUAACCGGUGGAAAGCUUGACGACAUCACUGUUAUUGUUGGACAAGUGAAAGGCUGAUCAAGAAUUCACAUCCAUACUUUGAGCGUGCAGAAAGGACCUUUCCAUGCAGGGAGGGAACUACCUUGAGUUUCCAUGCAGGGAGGGAACUACCUUGAGUUUUUCUUAAAUUCUAUUCUAUUCUUCUUAUAGGUUAGAUUAUUUGUUUUGGUGGUGUCUUCAAAUAUUUAAAGGGAGAUGAAAUUAAUGGCAGAAUUCAUUUUCAGCAGCAAAGGUUUGGACUUUUGAGAGACAAAAAGUAGAAUGAGAAACAGAGGCUCUGAGCAUUUUUAAUAAGAAUUUGCUCAGUGUAUCUUUACAACUUUUUAAGUAUAGAACUAUGAUGAUGUUGUAUCAAAGAUGAAUAAUACUCCAUAAUAGGGGCAAUUCCAGCCAAGUUACUCUAA